CUCAAAUUGGUUUAAAAUUAAUGGAUAAAAAUUAAUCGAAUGACUAACUGAAUAUUUAAUGACUUAAAAAUUAAAGAAAUAAAUAAUUAUAUAUUUGUAUUGUUCGCACAACGGUUUUCUUAGCAGAAUUUAUCCAUUGAUUCACAUUUCUGUUUCUAACACUGCGAAUUGAUGAAAUACAUUUGAAUCGCCUUGUAUAGGAAUCAGAAUGUUCAGCAUAUUAGAGUAUAUUUCCGUAUAUUUCACGCCGCAAUUUAUUUCAACGUCAAGCAAACUGAGAUCUCUACAUUUCAUUUGUCUACGGUUUCCAGUAAGAAAGCGAUUGGUACGAGGCCAAACGAUCUGAGAUGAAUCCUAAUUGUCUGCACAAUCUACAUUCCCAGACGAGCCGUUGGCGAUUCAUCUCCAAUGCAUGAAACUUAAGCCUUUGUCCUCAUCUCGGAAUACGACAAGUCGCAUUUUUACCUUUCAAGUUUUACCUUUAUUUUUUUUCGAUCGAUCGAUCGAUUAUUUUUAUAUCGAACUUCUGACAACCGCGCAUGAAAAAUCGAAAUCGAGGUGAUUUUACGUGCUCGAAAAAGAAAACUGAAAAGGUCGCGUCCGCCAUCAUUUCGCUCAUUUUAACGUGAUUGGAAAUCAAUUGUAAACCAAGCGCGGAUGCGUGCGUUUACGUAUAUACGUGGGACGAGUGCACGCAGGUGCACUCCGCUUCGAAAUGGAAGAAGGGGGGGGGAUAGAACAGGGAGAUAUGGGAGGAGUUCCCUGCGAGUGCUCUCUCCGAUCUCGUCGGCGAGACCACUCUCGCGGUGGCAGAGGUGGUCUCUGCUCACCUGAGCGUUUCAGGUGGCAGUCGCCCUGCUGAGUCGUUCAGCGACGGGUUCCCCUCGCGCGAGCUGAGCGCCGCGAGCGAGCUGAGCGCGAGCGCACGAAUACGGAACGGGCCGGCCGUCCGGAAGGGAGCUUGAGAUUCGCGAAUUCGCGAAUCCGAUUGAGAUGCCGAGCGGGGUAUCCGCGAGUACCGGCGAGAAUGCGGCCCGAGAAUCGCGGAUCCAUUCGCUGCUGACGAAUCUCACGAAUUCUCCUCCGUAGAUCCGAUGGGCCGGCCAUCCAUCGUAUCUGCUUUCGUAAAUGCGGCCUCGAGAUCACGAGAUCACGCUACAUUUUGACACUUAGAUCCAAUUGUCAGAUAUCCGGGGAUAAAUGAGACUACUUUUAGAAUAAAUAAAGUUUCAUUUUAACGAGAUCGUGAAUUGGCUGACUGCUUUGAUCAGGGACUAAUCGUUGAAUCAGACUGAUCUGACUUCUGGAAGAAUGAAGCGGUUGAUUGAUUCGAUUCGAUUACGUUUCUUCGGCGCUGAUUAAAACAAAUGGACGCUUGAAAUUGUCGAUUAUUCACGAAUUAGUUAAAUUAAUACAUCGGAAGAGAGACACAUAUUCUCCAAAUCUUCACUGAACUUCCCGAUUCAGAAACAUUCGCGUAGAAUCGAAACCACUGGGUAUCGCGGAACGUUUUUACGAGGGACAACGUGACAAUGUCGACAUAACGAGGUGGACGAGCGAAAAGUAGAAGGCGCAUCCGCGGCGUGAGAAAAAGUGCACGCCCUCCCCCGGGUGAUUUCGAAGAUCCGCUAAUUGCUUGCGACGACGGUCCCCUGAGGAGGAGCAGCGAUCGAGAAGAAGAGUCGGCCCGGCGCUCAUUAAGCGGCGGGCACCAGGACGGGCCGACGUGUGUGCGAAGCGGCGGUGUUCCCCCGGGCGGCGUAUAAAUUUGUCGUGAAAUCGAUUCGUCCGACUGCAUUCUGGCGGAAUUAUCGGGAGUAUCGCGUAAUAUACCGAGCGCGACCGCGGAGCGUGCCCGCAAAAAGCGCAUGCGGUCGAAGGAAGGAAAACCUCAAGAGUCUAUCUCUCUCGAGAGUUUACAGGACCGCAAAGAAGAACGACGAGUUGCGCGCAUGUUGGUCAACGAAAGCGCCUUAUUAAAGAUGUAUCAAUGUUGUAGGAACGACGGCCGGACGGUGCGGUCGAUCGGGAAACUUUGUGAAACGCGAACAAUGACGCGGAGAGAGACGACGUUGUGAUUUACUUGACGAGAGUAGAGACGGGCCACGUUUUUCCACGCCGUGCGGAUUUUCCGGGCUUUCUCUGGCGAAGGAAACAAACUUUAAGACACCCGUGUCGCACAAAUAAUGUAUACGGAAAAUGUAACGAAAAAGAUGAACGAUAAAAAUUGAUAGCGUUAAAUAUUCUUUUAAUUUACAUAUGUACGACAAGAUCGUUUAUAUUCCUCAGAAUAUAACGCAAUUUUUUGUUAAUGUAAACGAGAAGAAUCGCCUACGUUGAAGAUCCCGGAGAGAUAUCGAGUUUUUGCUAGUUUGCACUCCUAGGAAGACUUAUCCGAUUUUGGUAACUACAGACAGAGGGGUCGGCGACCAGAAAGAAGAUUAAUUAAUGGGUAUAAAUUAUGAGCGGAAUUUGCUGGGAAUAUUCCGAUUGGCUCAACCCGCUGAUUAUCGAGCCAAUUUUAACGGUGAAUUAAAAGCACGAUCGAAAAGCGAGCAAAAAAAAAUUGCGGCCAGUCAUAAAUCUUAUACAAUGACGAUGUGACAGCGGAUGCCAACACCGUUAUCGCUGACAAAUGCGAAUAAUUAUAUGACCAUAAGUCAGCCUCGCGCAACAGAGUCAACAGAUGUCACUUGUUAAUGCGAUUCGAUCGAUCGCGCGUCAACAAGAGCCCGUGAAAAUUCCCGAAAACGGUGCGGGCGUUCCGUUGCAAAUGGUAUUCGGUAAUCAAUAAUUAUUAAUCGCACCGAAUUGACGCGCAUAUCUUCUGCAACAAGAAUGGCGUCGUAAAACGGACUGAACUUGAUCGAGGAAAAAAAAUAAAAGGAGCUUUUCUCUCGAAUGAGUGAAGAGAGAAAAAGGAUAUUCCAAGAUUUAAAGAGCUCCGCGAAUUUCCCCGGAAGGUGGUUUUACGUGAAAGCUAAAGCGGUGGAAUGGACAACGACAAUUCGACUGAAGAGCAGUCGUUAAGAACUUUCGAAGUUUUGCAAAGAUAAUCUUUCCCAAGAGCCGCAAAGUCGCAUGCAAAUGAAAUAGCCAAGGACUUUCGACGGGGAGUGCGUAUUUCCGCGAGUGUCUCGGGCGAUCGUCAUUGAUCAUAAACAAGUGAGGUAUGAUGGGAGAAGUGAUCCGCGUUUCUGGGAGGGUACCGGACGUCGGUGACAUCCUAAAGGAGGCGAUGUUGUCGCAGAGGUUCGCCGAUGUGGCUCUGUGCUGCCCGGGAGGCCAGCGAUUCCUCGCGCAUCGUCUGGUCCUGUCAGCAGCCAGCCCUUAUCUUCAGGAAGUGUUGCUGGCGCACAGCAAAGUCACCGCUCAUUGCGAGCCGAUCACAGUAAUCCUGGCCGAGGUGGAGGCGCCGGAACUUGCGGCUCUCCUCGGCUUCGUCUACACCGGAAGCGCGACGGUUCCGCGGAUGCGACUAGACGCGUUUCUGCGCGCUGCCGAGGCCCUGCGCAUCCGGCUCCCGCCGGUGCCGGUGAUGACGACCUGCGGCGGCGAGCGGACAACCGACUGCAAGCUGGAGGACAUCAAGGAUGUGAAAGUUAGCCCCAAGUACCUGCAGUGCGAUCAGUACCCUUGGUACCGAUCGAGAAGACUGUCCUAUAACGAAGACCCGUUCGACAGGAAGGAAACCUACAGGAUAUUCCCCACGGACGACAUCAACAGAAAUGUGUUCAGGGACAUCGGGACGCUUCACCAGAUCAACAACCCUGGCCCGUCGUUUGACCCUAGUUGCCCAUGGCCGAUCGGCGGUUUCAUGCAUCAGGAUAGAGCAAGAAGCGAUCAUCCUUCCACGGACAAGAAUCACGGCUCAAUGGUACUCGCUGACAAGAACACGAUGAUAACUCCUAGUAACGAAUCGUCCUUCAGUAUAUACCAACGGGGCGCGUGUCUUCCCGGAGGACCGGGGUCCUCGGAAGGAUACGUAGGCCCGGACGCUCUGGAGAAGGUCAGGACGGGAUACGAGAGGUUGCACAUGAGUUGCCCGACGGAAAAGCCGAUGACGAACGAGGAGAGCGUGCUCGCGGGAGGAGGUUCUUGCACGGGGACGACGAGGGAAGAAUGUCCGUAUCAAGGCACGAUGUCCUUGUCGUCCUUGCAGUCCGCCGCCACUGCCACUGCCACCGCCGGCCAGACGAGGUCGUUCGAGAUGCUCGAAUACGCCUCCUCGCAGACUUCGGCGGGCGAGGAUCUCAGCUGCGGCGAAAGUUGUUGUAGGUGGAGAGCCGCUCGCAGGCACGUGGCGAAUCGCGUCACCGCGUCGCCGUGGCGCCAGAUUGUCAGGCCCCAUCAUUCACCGAGGAUGCCGCGGCCUAUGCCGCCCGUGCCCCAACGUCACGCCGAUGACGAAAUCCAUAAAAAGCCUCCGGCUCCGGAACCAACGCGGUCCACCGUGAUAUCAAUGAGCCCGAAGAGUGCCGUUCAUUCCCCGAGAAGCGCGUCGCGGGGCAACGGGCAUUGCCCUACGGCUUUCGAAGUUCCUACCGGUUGCGAGACGAGCUUUGACAACGACAACUCGAGAUUAUCGCGCGAGAUAAUCAGUAGUCCGGAAGCGAAAAUCCAAGAGGUGUAUCGAUCGCCGGUACCGUUCGCAACUUCCGAUCAGAUCGCGUUGCCCAUUUCGAGCGCGACGAGAGGCGCCGAGCCAUCACUCGUUCAAAACGUCAACAACGGGGGAUCCGCACGACUGUCCUCGACGAGCAACGAGAGCGUUAUCACGAGUGUCGGCGGAUUUGCACCGACGCAGGCGGUGGUCCCGCAAACGCCGCCAACGAAACCCGAACUGUCGCUUCCGAUCAGCCGACUCUGCGACACGAUCGAGACCGACGAGCGAAAGGAGACGCCGAAGGCGGAAGUAACGGAAGCGGAGAAGAGCGAGGACGAGAGGAUCGCGAGGAUUUUGGUCAACAGCGACAGCAACAAUAACAACGAGACGAUCGUGAGCACGGAGGCGCAGCGCGGCGGACGUUCGGCGGACGACCAUAGGUGCGAUCAGUGCGGAAAGACUUUCGUCACGAGGGCGUCGCUCAAGGUGCACAGCCGAACGCACUCCGGUGAAAAGCCGUUCCGCUGCGCCGACUGCGGCAAGCAGUUUUCGCAGCUGCGCAAUUACAAGUACCAUCGCAGCGUGCACGAGGGCACGCGGGAGUUCGCCGCCACUUGUCCGGAAUGCGGCAAGUACUUCAACGACCGCGGCUACCUGAGCUCGCACAUGAAGAUUCAUCGGAACCGCAAAGAGUACGGCUGCGCGGAAUGCGGGAAGAGCUUCAAUCAGCGAGUGGCCUACAACAUGCACGUGCGCAUACACACGGGCGUGAAGCCGCACCAGUGCGAUCAGUGCGGGAAGGCGUUCUCGCGGAAGAUGCUGCUCAAGCAGCACCUGAGGACCCAUUCCGGCGAGCGGCCGUACCAGUGCCAGGUCUGCCAGAAAGCGUUCGCCGACCGCUCCAACAUGACCCUGCACACCAGACUGCACUCCGGCCUCAAGCCCUACCAGUGCACCCUGUGCUCGAAAGCUUUCACCAAGAAGCAUCACCUCAAGACUCACCUCAAUUAUCACACCGGCACCAAGCCCUACUCCUGCACUAAUUGCGGUGGCAGGUUCUCGCAGAGCAGCAACAUGAGGACCCACUUCAAAAAGUGCAUCGUCAACAAUACCGCCGGGAUGACGGCCAAGUCCGGCGACGAGGCCGGCACCGAUCGCACCGACACCGAGAGCGGUAUGGCGCCGCAGGUGGUCCUGACGCCGCCCAAUUCCGAUCAGGAGUCCAGUAUUCUGACACCGAUCUCGAAAAAUGCCGUCGCGAUAGAGAGCAACACGUAGCGGUCAGUUCCAGUCGAAAUACAGAAUCACGAGGGUGAAUCGAGUUUAGCAAAGAAUAAGAAAAUACUGUUGCGGUCAAUCAAUCGCCAUAUUUAUGGUAGAUGUUUGACGGUACAUGGUGCAUAUAUGAUAGAUGCAUUUGUCGGUAGCAAAUCGACUGGAAACAAACCGCGGACUUUAUGUUUGCAAGUUUCGAGAACGUUCGUGUACAGUUUCUAAGACGAAUCAUAUUUACAUCUGUAUUAACGUAACGCUGCAAAAUUACCAAGUAAAAUCUCCUGCAAAUUGUGGCAGUAAAAAAUGUGCAGCUUACUUUCGAAUGACUUAAUGUCGGUUAAUUAAACAAUUAAAGCAAGAUUGCGUAUCUCGGUAUGAUACGAUAGUCAUUGCAUUGUGCCUUCCAGUUCCUGUAUUUAUUGAACUAAUCUCGUUGUAUACACCGACUCCAUAUUCUAAUUUAAUUUAAUGUUUAACAAUUUAGAAUUUAACAAUCAAAAAAAUAAUGUUAAAUUUUUCGCAAAAAACUUGGCAAAAUUAACCGUCUUUAUCUUGCAAAUUGGUAAUUCUUUUAUUUCAAAAACUGAUUGUUUUUCUCAUAAAUCUACUUUUUUCAGAUUUAAAAAUAUCCGUUUAUCAUGUAAAUAUAUUUUUAAAUCUUUAUUUCGUUUAAGACUUUAAUACUAAAAUUUAGAGAACGCACCGAAAUUCUUGGUUCUCGUUUAAUUCAUAUUAUAAAUUUUUCAUUUUAUUCGAUUUUCAAAUCCAAAGAUAGAUUAGUUCAAUUAUUACAAAGUAGAAAAAAGUAGCAAAGAGAAGAACGAUGGCAUUAUUGCUAUAUCUGUUGCCAUGCAUAAGAUAUUCCAACUUCAAAAAUUGAAACCACUGUUUUAUCUCUUUUUGGUGUAUUUUCAGUAAUUAUAUUAGCCUUAUAUAUUCUUAUACCAAAAAUGAUUCAAGGAGUACGUAUACAUUUCUAUAUUACGUACAAGACGGUUAAUAGCUCCUUCGCCGAAACUGCAACAUGUGAUUGCAACACGGCGAGUCCAAUUGUCGAUUGCAACAUGGCAAUUGUAAAUACAAUCGAAAAGUCUGCAAUGUAUUUAGUAUUUCCUCGUAUUUCAAACUCGUCGGACUCCGGAGAGUAAUCGAGCUUCCAUAUCAGCGCAAAUAGUUUUGUAACAAUCUUUUCUAGGAAAUAUCCCUAUGGCAGCGUUUAAGGAUCUGUCUCUUCUGGAGCAACUUUGUCAACGGUUAAAGCGUUUUCUCAAAAGGUAAAAACUAUCGUGUGUACUUGCAUUAAAGAUCGCACGAGCGAUUUGAGAUCUUUCUGAAAAGAGACUUGCAUUAAAAAAUUUUUAAUUAAAAAUUAAUUUUAUAUAAUUCUAAAAAUCAAAUAUCCAAAGAAUCUAAGCUUGAUAAUUAAUCCGAGAUCUGAUUGGUAAAAAAUAUCAAGAAACUAAUCUUUCCGUUCGCUCCAGAAGAAUAUGAAAAGUACGCAAAAAAGAAGCAUAAUUAUGCGAGACAAUAAGUCAGUGGAUUUUAACAUAUUGUUAAGAAAACGAGUAAAAUAAAAUUAUUUGCUGGAAAUAAAGCAUUUUUCGAAGUACUUUAAGACAUCUAUUCUUUACAUGUAUAAAAACCAAGAUUUUUUUAUAAUGCCGAUAUAUGUAUAUAUCCGAUAUUAUAUUUAUAAUUAUUUACAAAAUUAUUACAUGUUAAUAGGAAAAUAUUAUAUGCUUAAGUUGACUGUGUAUAUGCACAUUAAAUACAUGAAAUACAAAUGAGCAUUUAUAUAUUGUA